AUGAGUCGCUAAAAUUUCACUUUAAUUAAAUCAAAAAACACAUGUUUAGAAGAUUAACAAAUAUUAGAAAUCAUAAGAAGGCAAGAACUAAGAUUAUAGAUAAAGAGAGACCAGAACGAUUAGGAGUUCAAAAAAAAGAGAUUAAUAAAUUCGAACUCAAUUUUUCCUUUGCCUUAACACAAUUUAAACUCCUUUGACAAAAAACUCAAUAAGUAUUAGGACAUAUUUAGUUUAAUUGAAUUAGUUACAUACGGAUUGAGGUCCAAGAAAUUAAAAUUAUCCCAAUAGAUAACUUGACUAAUUAAAGAAUUAUAAAAUUCUAUUACUUAUAUUAACUUUAAAAGUAUUAGAAGAAAUAUUGUAAUCAUUAAUUUAAGAAAAUAUGGUGGAUUCCUCAAAUCAAAAUACAGAAACUAACAAAGUGAAAGGGCUUUAGGAAUAAAAAGAUAUAAUAUAAAAGGAAUUAAUAAAACUUGUAUUAAAAGAUAAAAAAAUUCAUUAUUUGAUGAAUUGAAAUUGAAACUUUCAAAUUUGCCAGCUAUCUCUCUAAAUUAAAAUAAAUUUUUGUAAGAAACUUAAAAUCUGAUUCAGUUUAUUACACAUAAGAGAGAAGAGUUAGAAAAGUUUGAAAUUUCUUUACUACAAAAUAAUACUCAAAUGUUAUAAUUUCUUGAUAAUUAAUUAAAUAAACGUUAUGAGUAUUAUGAAGACACAAACUAAGAAUUAAUAAAGGAUAGUCAAGAGUAAAUGUUAUUUCUUAAGAAAAUUGUUUAAAUCAAGUAUGAAAUUGAAAAUAAAUUUAAAAGUGAAAAUCUUAAGGAAAUUAAAUUACAGUUUGAAGAUAUGAAUUUCUUAUAAUAUCUUUAAAACUUAAAGUUCAAACAUCUCAAGCUACUUAGAAAAGUCUUUAUAAACUAUGUUGGUGUCAACAAACCCAUAGGAAUUACCAAAAUUAUAAGAAUCUAUAAAUCUUCAUGA